AUGAAAAGAAUUUUGAUUUACUCAUAUUCCUUUCAAUAUGGUGAUCCCAAACCUGUUGGGUUUGGAGGAGUGUAUCGCCACGCCCUGCCUUGGCUGGGGGAAGGGCUUCUGAUUGCGGGGGGAAAGAAAUGGGCAAGAUCUCGUCGGCUACUGACGCCAGCGUUCCAUUUCGACAUUCUCAAACCAUAUAUUGGUGUGUACAGAGAAUGUGCAAGCCUGUUAGAGGAGAAUGUUCAGAAGUUUGCUAAAGAAGAGAGAAGUUUCGAAGUCUUCAGUCAAGUGUGUUUAUGUACCCUGGAUAUCAUUCUCAGAUGCGCUUUCUCCUACGAAACGAAUUGUCAGGCAGAAAGUGGGGAGGUUCAUCCUUACGUGAAAGCAGUCAACGAAAUAGCAGAACUUUGGUUCUACAGAAACCGAACGCCAUGGCUGUAUCCAGAUCUUGUAUAUUACAACACAGAGGAUGGAAAACGAUUUCUGAAGAACUGUAAAUAUGUUCAUGAUGUUGCAACAGGAGUCAUGCGGAAGAGACGCGAAGACCUGGAAACACUAGAUCUGACAUCAAAACGAUAUUUGGAUUUUCUGGAUAUUCUACUCACCGCAAAAGAUGAAAAUGGAGUAGGACUCUCAGAUGAGGAAAUUCGUAACGAAGUUGACACAUUUUUGUUUGAAGGGCAUGAUACAACAGCCAGCGCAAUAUCGUGGAUUCUGUAUUCACUCGCUCAGCAUCCAACACAUCAAAUAGAAUGCCAAAAGGAGAUAGAUCAAGCAAUAUCAGAGAGCGAGGACGGGGAAAUAGGGUGGGAAGAUCUUGGAAAAUUAUCGUUCUUGACUCAAUGCAUCAAGGAGGGGAUGCGGCUGCAUUGUCCUGUCCCCUUCAUCGCUCGAGUCAACCCUUCACCAAUUAGUAUGGAGGGAUAUACAAUACCCGCUGGAACAAACUUGGUGGCCAACAUUUGGUGCCUCCACCACAACCCAGCCGUCUGGGGCCAGGACCACAUGGAGUACAAACCGGACCGGUUCUCUAAGGAGAACUUAGUCAAACUGGAUUCAUUUGCUUUUUUACCAUUCUCAGCGGGACCUAGAAAUUGUAUUGGGCAGCACUUUGCAUUGAAUGAAGAGAAAAUAGUCCUUGCCAAGCUUCUCCAUAGAUUUUCAUUUUCACUGGACAAGGACCACAAAGUUGAACAUAAUGCUGUGGCAGUGAUGAGAGCAUUAGAAGGCAUACGAUUAUAUGCAAAAGAGAGAUGA